CGGGUUGCAUCAUUCGAGCAAGGAUCUCCAAGCGAUCGAGACGCGUGUGGCGAAAAGCAAAUGAGUGAGCAGUGAUUUAAGUUCAAAGAUCAGUAUUAAAUACAAAACAAAGAUCGUUGGAUCAGUGAUUAGUGAUCGUAAUUAAUAUAUACGAAACAAUAAUGGAUAAACUCAAGUACAGCCGCUGUCCGCUCAAGAAGCGUCCGAUAAUGGUGGAGGAGUCCUGCCCAGAGGAUCACUUAAGUCAUGAUGAAGGUCCUGUGGACUUAAGUGUUGCCUCCGCUGCAGUUCCCAUGGAGCCUCAUUGGAGUGCAAAAUCGGAACCGGAACCUCAAGCUGUGCCCCCGGAAUUGAGACGCCGCUUUGAUGCCGCCAUGAAUCAGACCAAGGAGCAGUUGGCCCGUCGCAUUUGGGAGGAAACCCGGGAAAUAGCACGCGCUUUUCCGGAUGUUUUCACACGCGAGGAAAUCGCCAAGAGUCUGGCUCGCUUGGGUUACGGGGAAUUCGAAUUGCCACCCGAAGAGGAGGUAAUGGAACCCGAACCGGAACCAGAACAGCAAAUUCCAUUGGGAUAUGCCAGAGAAGCUAAUCCCACCAUCAUCAAAAGGGAACCCACCGAAGAAGAGCAUUUCCCCCUGCGAAACUACAACAAUAACCUACUGAAAAGCAUAGCCGAGUAUGAGGAUUGUAUGAAAAUGCAACCGAUUAAAGAGGAAAUAGUUCCGGUUCCACUACCACAGAUGUACUAUCCACCCCCGACUCCCUUGGCCGAACCAGAAGAUCUCUCGGUGACCCAAAGACGAGUGCUGAGUGAAAAUAUGAAUCUGCAGAAUGUGGCCAGAGCUCUGUUGAGCAUGCAGCACAUGGCUCCCCAUCAUCCACCUCCUCCGCAGGACAUGGAGGAGGAUCAGGAGAAUCAGGACAUGAACCAGCUGAAGAUCAAGAGCAGCAAUGAUCUCUACUACCAGUGCCAGCAGUGCAACAAGUGCUAUGCCACCUACGCCGGAUUGGUGAAGCAUCAGCAAACCCAUGCCUACGAAAGCACCGAGUACAAGAUCAUAAGGAGUCAGCCUGGAGGAUCGGGAGCUAUAGUGGAUCAAACUGAAUUCUGCACAGAUCAGGCUUCCGCUUUAAUCCAAGCAGCCAAUGCAGCAUCGGCGCAGAGUAUGCAAAAACCAGUGGGAGUGCCGAGAUAUCACUGCCAGGAUUGCGGAAAGAGCUACUCCACUUACUCAGGACUCUCGAAGCAUCAGCAGUUCCAUUGUCCUUCGGCGGAGGGAAAUCAAGUUAAAAAGGUGUUCAGCUGCAAGAACUGCGAUAAGACCUACGUUUCUUUGGGAGCUCUGAAGAUGCACAUUCGCACCCAUACUCUGCCCUGCAAAUGCCCCAUUUGUGGCAAGGCCUUCUCGCGACCUUGGCUCCUCCAAGGUCACAUUCGCACCCACACGGGGGAGAAACCCUUCAGCUGUCAGCACUGCAAUCGCGCCUUUGCGGAUCGCUCGAACCUCCGAGCUCACAUGCAAACGCACUCGGAUGUGAAGAAGUAUUCCUGCCCCACCUGCACAAAGUCCUUUUCGCGGAUGUCCCUGCUGGCCAAGCACCUGCAAACCGGAUGCCAGAGUGAGCAGAAUGGUGGUGCCAGUGGGUCAGGAGGUGGCUUCGAUCAGCAGCAGCUCCAACAGCACCUGCAGGACUACGAAGAGGGUCACAAUCCCCACCAGGUCUACUAUGCCGGCAGUGUUGGCAGCAGCAAUGGGGAAGAGGAAGAGGGAGGGGAAUACUCCAUGCCACCACCAGCCAUCUAUUAAUCCUAGGAUAAAGAAACCAUAACCUAAGUCAGUUUAGCCAAAGUCAGAAAAGUCCGAUUCAGGGAAAAGUCAGUGCCAAAAAUUAGUCAGGGCAAUUUUAUUGCCUCUUAGGGUCUGUAGUUAAUCAGAAAUAUUUAUUUAGAGUUAUCGCUAAAUUAUUCCAAUAAUCAUAUCGCAGUUGAGAGCUUAGUUAUAGAUUGUUUUCGUUGACAAUUACUUGUAUUAUAUAUCGUUGUUAUUACCCUUUCGCGUACAAAUCGAAAAGGUGCCCGAGAAAAUAUCCCAUUGAUGCCACAUACCAACUUAUAAUUUAAUUUUAUAAUUUAUUUUAAAUUAUACUUUAUGUUUUAAGCUUUGUAAAUAUGGUGGAGGUACCCAUUACUUGCAUGUAUUUAAUUUUAAUUUUUUUUAAAAAGAAUAAA